ACUUUUUUUGCCGCAAAGGAAAGCAUUGAGGUCUUCUUUGGGGGCAAGAUGGCUGCGCAGUUGGCUCGGCUUGGUCAGUGGUGAAACCUGGAUUGAACUUCACAGCUCUCCUCCAGACAACUUCUUGAAGUGCCAGUGGGUUUAUCUGCUAGUAUGGCUACAGCAUCCAGAAGGGCUGUGUUUACUACUGUGGGAACAUGUUUCAAAGCAUUGACUCGGCAGUCUCUGGCCUUUGACUCAGCCGUGUAUUGUUCCUGCAACAAAUCUACAUAUUCAGCUCUUCCGGAUGACUACAAUUGCAAAGUGGAACUUGCUGUGACAUCAGAUGGAAAGACCAUAGUUUGCUAUCACCCUUCAGUGGACAUUCCAUAUGAACACACAAGACCCAUUCCACGGCUAGAUCCAGUGGAUUUUAAGGAAGAAACACAUGAUCAAGUGCUGAAAUCUAAGCUGGAAAUGAAAGAUCUCAAGAACAAGCAAGGUCCUACAAUUGAGGAACUUAGUAAAAUGUUUUAUACAACAAAACAUCGCUGGUAUCCAGUGGGGCAGUACCGUACUAGACGCAUGAAAACCAAUACUCCCAAAGAUAGGUGAACAGGAAAGUGUGUGUCUUGCUUUGUCUUUCCUGUCAUUGAAGAAAAUUCCAUACAUGCAUAUGGUCAUUAAAAUGU